GUCUAAGUAGUGACCUACCAACAUAAGACUGAGCCCCGCGAUCCCCCGGUUAGGUUCUGAUAGCUCGCCGGCCAUUCCUCUUAGCUCGACGCUCCUCAGCUGCUUGAGCCGCCCCCAUCCCCGCCUAGCGCUUUGGUCCCGCGACCGCAGAGACGUCCGAGAGCCCUGUGUCGGUUGAGAAGAGAAACACUUGUGUGAUCCGAUUUCCUUCUUGGGGUUUACGUAGGAGGGAUACGGAUCGUAACCCUAGCUCGUCGAUCAUUGUUCCUCCGCGCUUCUCCUUUUCUUCCUCCCUAUUUGUUCCACCGCCUCCUCGCUCGUUUUCUUUCGCCCUCCUGGGAACCACCCCAUCUUUGGAAACAAAAGGAUAUCUUGGAUAUGGGAUCUGAAGCUAUACAAGCUGCAAAGGUGUAUCGCAGUCUUCUCAAAGCUGUAAAGAAAUAUAUUGGUAAUGAUGGCAGCAAAAGGCAUUUCAGAAAUUACAUCACUGAGGAGUUCCGAAAAAAUGCUUCUGUGUCUGAUCAGGCUACAGUUGAGAACAAAAUCAAGCUGGCUCAUGAGUACACUUUCCUACUGAACAGUGUGCACCAUCAUAAGGAAUUGCUCUUUUCAUACAACAUAGCUGUGGAUCGAUCAGAUGAAAUGAAGAAAGUAUUGAAUAAAUCUGCUGCUAGUGUGGGUCUUCGGUUACCUGAUGUUUAUCAGCCUUGAUUGUUGGUUUUUUGAUGUUUCUGGAUAUGCUGAGGAUCUCUCAGUUGCCUUUAGAUUAAUCUAAAAUAACAUUCUCUCCCUUCGGCUAUGUUGGCAUUAACGAUUUCAGCCAAUAAAGUGUCAACCAUGGACAUGGAUGAGCAUAAAUAUGGAGGACUUUUGUCAGUAGCAUUUUUUUCUGUCCCACCAAUUUCUGUAUCCAAAUUCUUCAGUGUAGGCCUUAUGUCCAAGUAAAGGCUGGUUGAGGGCAAAUUAACGUGGUUAGCAACUGAAGCAUUCUCAAGUCAAGCUUUGCAAAACUGUUAGAUUUUGAUUGCCGUAUUUGAGAUGAUGAUUCUAUUGGCAUUUGGUGUAUGCAGGGUUUAAAUAGGUUUUCCUUCUUACCAAGCUUGCCUUUUACCAUUAUUGUUGUUGAAUUGCACCAGAUAUUUGUAACUUCAAAUUUACACUGAAACCCAUUGUUGUUGAAUUGCACCGGAUAUUUGUGACUUCAAAUUUACACUGAAACCCUCUGUCUAACGAAACCAUUACCAUCUUUUUAUUUUGAAAUGUUGGAGAUCUUGUAAUGGAGUCA